CCAAAACCAAACUGAAAAACAGAAUCACCACCUCCACCACCAUCAUCAAUUUUGCUCCUUUCUCCCUUUUUUCUCCUCUUUCGGCUGCCGGAGGAAGAGGGUUUCUUUCGGUAAUUUUGCUUACGCCCUCGCACCCCGUUUUUUCUCUAGCAGUCUCCUGAAUUCCCUCGCUGUCGCUUAUGCCAUUUCCCCCCAUUUCUAUCCCUCCUCCCUCUCACAAACUCACUCUUCCACCUCCUCCUGUUUGUUUCUCCGAUUGAUUGAUUGAAGAAACAGAAAGGAAAAAGAAAACCCAUAUCAUGGAUCAUAGAUUCGCUCCCUGCAUGAUCAUGAUGGAGCUCGACGAUGCUUAUUGAAAAUGUCAACAGAAGAAUAGAAUCUAACGGGGGGUUUUACUAAUCUGCUAUCGUUUUCAGAACCGCCUGCUGCUUUUGCUGUUGUUUGUUUUUUCUCUUCUUCUAUUACUCGUGUCAAUCAAGGGGAUAACUGCUGCGGAAGUUGAUUGUUGCUGAGUAGGUUGACGACGAUAUGGGUUAUCUCAAUUCGGUGCUCUCGUCUUCGAAUCAGGUUUAUGCGGAGGAUGGUCCUGUAAGCGGGGGUGGUCUCAGUCAGAAUGGAAAGUUCAGCUAUGGAUAUGCAAGCUCGCCAGGGAAAAGAUCUUCCAUGGAAGACUUUUACGAGACAAGAAUUGAUGGCGUUGACGGGGAGAUAGUUGGUCUUUUUGGAGUUUUUGAUGGUCAUGGAGGAGCACGAGCUGCUGAAUAUGUCAAACAAAACCUUUUCAGUAAUCUGAUCAACCACCCAAAGUUCAUUUCAGAUACCAAAUCUGCUAUAGCUGAUGCAUACAACCACACUGACUCGGAGUUCCUGAAAUCAGAAAUUACUCAGAAUAGGGAUGCUGGUUCAACUGCUUCCACAGCUAUCCUUGUUGGUGAUCGGUUGCUUGUUGCCAACGUCGGAGACUCUAGAGCUGUCAUAUGCCGGGGUGGAAAUGCUAUUGCUGUUUCUAGAGAUCACAAGCCUGACCAAACUGAUGAACGACAAAGGAUUGAAGAUGCUGGAGGAUUUGUAAUGUGGGCAGCUUUAAAAUCAAAAAUUGCAGGCACCUGGAGAGUUGGGGGCGUUCUUGCUGUGUCUCGGGCAUUUGGGGAUCGGCUCUUGAAGCAGUAUGUUGUUGCUGAUCCAGAAAUUCAGGAAGAGAAAGUUGACAGCUCCCUUGAAUUUCUCAUCCUUGCAAGCGAUGGAUUGUGGGACGUUGUAACUAAUGAGGAAGCUGUUGAGAUGACGAAACCCAUCGAGGACCCGGAGCAGGCGUCAAAGAGGCUGUUGCAUGAGGCAUACCAGAGAGGCAGUGCAGACAACAUCACAUGCGUCGUUGUUCGCUUCCUGGCCGCGUCUGUAUCUCAUGGUGGUGGUACCACCUCUCAAGGAAGCAACCCCCCUCAAGUCGGCAACAGCUCGCACUCACACCCCUGACCCAGACACAGACGAAGAAGGAAUGCAGUCGCUGGCUGCAUCGUUUCAGUUCAGUGGCGAGGUUAAGUUGUUGUAGCCUAGGGUUUGUGGAAACCGUGAAAUAUAUAAGUCGUAGUGUGUCCCUUUAUACAGACCAAAAAUGUUAAAAGGAGAUAGAAGCGAAACUCGGUCAACUCGCGGUCUCUAGGAGGUGUUCAUCAUGUGUAUUACAGCAUGCUUCACCCUCCUGGAUUUAGAACAGACAGAACAGCACCUGUGCAUGGGAGGUACUUUUCCUUUUUUUCCCCUUUUACCUUGCUAGACAAGAAAACUGUGAUCUGGGUCGUUGGGAGUAGUUGGCUAGGACCCCUGUUAAUUAUCGUUGUUUCCGUCCUUGGUUUCUUGAAUGAAUGUGUGGGUGGGAUGAUGGCUGUGUUAACAAAAAAGGUAAGCUGUGUGGCUGUGAAUGGUG